AUGGGUAAUAGCAUCAAAGGUUCCCAACCUUUGAAACUCGUUUGCGCUUCUGCUCAGCAAGACAUUUUCCAUAGUUACCCAAAAUGUCGCCCUCUUAGUGUGAAAGUGGGGAAAAGAAGAGAAAUCUCAAAACCUAACAAUUUUCACGAGAACCCCAAAAUGAACCAAGUUUUGAAGUAUGUCAAUAGAUCGUAUCAGAGGGUGGGACUUGACAAGCUUAUGAGAAUAGCUGGUAUAGAGGAUGAUGAUUUGCUGAUAAUGUCAGAUGUUGACGAGAUUCCAAGCAGUCAUACGAUAAAUUUGUUACGAUGGUGUGACGAUAUCCCUCCCAUUCUUCACCUUCAGCUCAAGAACUACUUGUACUCAUUUGAGUUUAAGUACGAUGAUGGCAGCUGGAGAGCUUCAGUACACAGGUAUCAAAGAGUGAAGACUAGGUAUGCACAUUACCGUCAGUCGGACUACCUCUUGUCAGAUGCGGGGUGGCAUUGUAGCUUUUGUUUCCGGCGUAUCAGUGACUUCAUAUUCAAAAUGAAAGCAUACAGUCACACCGAUCGUGUGAGGUUCUCUCACUAUCUGAGCCCGAAAAGGAUUCAGGAUCUCAUAUGCAAAGGGGCAAAUUUAUUUGAUAUGUUACCCGAGGAGUACACCUUCAAGGAGAUAAUCGGGAAAAUGGGACAUAUCCCCCAUUCAUAUUCAGCUGUUCGUCUUCCUGCAUAUUUGUUGAACAAUGCAGACAAAUACAAGUACCUUUUGCCUGGGAACUGUAUAAGAGAACGCGACUGAGUGUAUAUUAUGUAUCUACAUAGUUUUACGCUUAAAAUGACAAUGGGAGACUGAUGUCUGGUACAUUUACUAGAAUACCUCAUCGGCAAUGAAGUCUAGGUCAUUAUUUAAUGAAGAUCUAGUAUUGAAUUUGGUAAUAUACAGAUUACUGAUUACUGUUAUUGUUGUGUCAUUAGUGAUAGAGGUUUAUUUUCGAAUUUAAUGAAUAAUGCUACUUGUACAUAAUGGAAUUUCAUAUAGGAAUGAUCUCCUAAGUAUCGGUAUUUAGCUUAUGUUAAGUACUGGUGACAUGGCACGCCAUUUAAUUGGUGAAUCAUUAAAAUACAUGGGAUCUGCCAUUAACUUAUUCACCAAUUAAAUGAUGUAUUAUGUCAACGGUGUUUAGGAAAACAUUUUCAUAUAUAUAGCUUAUGUUAAGCACCGGUGCUUAGGAAAUCAUUCUUAUAUAGCACAAUCGUUAAUGAGCUUGUUCAAGAAAUGACCAUGAAGGGUUGCUUUGCUUA